UCAGAGAGCAACACUGCAUGUGCCUGACUUCCUUCCCCUCCAGACCUGGCUGCCCUGGAAUGUCCUUGGAGACCUCCCUGUGUUCCCUGGAGGAGUGUGCUGCUCUCCAGCCAUCCAGCGCGUCUCCUCUUCAGCCCCAGGGCCCCGGGAAGUCCAACAACGUCGUGACGGUCACGGGCAUUUCCCUGUGCUUGUUCAUCAUCCUCGCCACGGUGCUCAUCACGCUGUGGCGGAAGUUCGGCCGCGCCCCCAAAUGCAGCACCCCGGCUCGCCACAGCUCCAUCCACUCCCCCAGCUUCCAGAAGAACUCCGACGAGGAGAACAUCUGCGAGCUGAGCGAGCAGCGCGGGAGCUUCUCGGACGGGGGCGACGGGCUGGUGGGGGGCCCCAGGGACGCAGGCAUCCCCCUGACCUACAGGCGUGGUGGGCCGCUGUCCGCGGAGGACGACGCCUCGGGCAGUGAGAGCGUGCAGUCCAGCGCCCAGAAGAUCAUCCCUCCGCUGUUCAGCUACCGCCUCGCCCAGCAGCAGCUCAAGGAGAUGAAGAAGAAGGGCCUGACGGAAACCACCAAGGUGUACCACGUGUCCCAGAGUCCCCUGACCGACACGGCCAUCGACGCGGCCGCUGUCCCCCCCUUGGACCUGGAGGGCCCCGAGGAGGCUGUGGCCAAUAAGUUCCGGCUCAAAUCCCCAUUUCUGGAGCAGCCGGCCGUGGGGGUAGUGGCCAGGCCCCCCUCCAGGCUGGACCUUCCGGUCUGUGCCGCCAGCUGCGCGGUCAGCCCCAGCCAGACCGUGAUCCGCAAGUCCGCCCUGAGGCACGCGGGCGGCAGAGGGGCGCUGCCCGAGAGGAGCCACCCCAGGGGCUCCCACUUCAGGAGGACCGCGAGCUUCCACGAAGCCAGGCAGGCGCGGCCGUUACGGGAGCGGAGCAUGUCCACCCUGACCCCACGGCAGGCCCCGGCCUACGGUUCCAGGACGCAGACCUGGGACCAGGCGGAAGAGCGAUCUCGGCCUCAGAGUCGAGGCGCUGCUCCGUCCCCUGAGAAACCAGACCAUUUCCACGGGGUAGGUACAACCAGAGGUCCAUUAAGCCCUCCCCCUAAAUCCUACAGCCUGGGGCCGCCCGCGAGGAAACCAGACCUGGGGGAUUGCCAGGCAGGAUUCAUGGCGGGCGGUGAGAGAUCGGAGCUGCACAGAGCCCGGAGGGGCCCGUCCCCCAGUCACAGGAGUGUCUCGAGGAAGCAGCCUUCUCCCACGGCCCCCAAAGAGAGCUACCAGAGGGUGAGCCCUCUGAGCCCUUCUCAGUGUAGGAAAGACAAGUGUCAGAGCUUCCCAGCCCAGCCUGAGUUCGCCUUCUAUGACAAUACGUCAUUCGGCCUCACCGAGGCAGAGCAGAGGAUGCUGGACCUCCCAGGCUAUUUUGGGUCGAAUGAAGAGGAUGAAACCACAACACUCAGCGUGGAGAAGCUGGUCAUCUAG